AUGUCGUUGCAAUCCUGCGGCAUCGCCUGCAGGCUCUUCAGCCUCACGGCCAGAAGCCCUCUUACAUCUCGAUCGCACAAACAGAGUGGCCUGGUCGUUGCUCGCCUCCCUGAAUCAAUCUUCCACCCUCCUCGUUGGGGUCCCUCGGGGACCGCCAGAGCUUUCGCAACAACACCACCACGCGAGGCGACCAACAGCACCAUCUUGACCAUCAUCCAAAAGCUCCGCAACGAGGUCGACACCGCCCAGGCCCAAAACAGAAACCUAGUAGAAAGACUCCAAAAGGCCGACGAAGAGAACAGACGCCUGGCCGCGAAGCUGGGUCAGUCCGACGCGGAAAGGCGCAUCGCGCAGAUGCGGUACGAGAAGAUGAGCGAGCGGCUGACGGAGAACAACAAAACCAUGGAGCGAUGGCAGCAGCGGAAUGUCCGCUUCCAAGAGCAGCUUGAGGUUGAGGCGAAGAGGAACCUCGAGAAAGCCAAGCACGACUUUGAGAGGAAGUGUGAGAACAACCUGAAGUCGUACUUGAAGCUUGCCGAGAGCAAGGAUGCCCAUAUUCGGGAGCUUGAGGACAUGAAGCACUCGGCCUGGGUGGUUGCUGCAUUGAUCAAGGUUGUUGGGGGAACCAUUUGCAUUGGCAUCAUUCUACGUUUUAUCUUGUUUGCGGGUUUGGUGAUUGAGGAGGAUUUGAGGAAGGCGAAGAUGGAGAAUAAGAACAUGUGA